AUUUAUACAUACUGAGUGUAUAAUUAUAUUGCAUUUGGGUAAAAAAUAAAUAUUAUUUUGGUAAAUUUGUGCAAAAACAUUGAUCAUUAAUCAGAAAAAAAUAUAUAUUGUGUGUAAAAUCAGUGAUGUUUUUUUAAUAUACAUAUAUAUAUUUCUACAUUGUAAGACUCAACUAAGUUUGACAUUUUUUUUAUCAGUACUGUGUCAGCAAGUUUGUCUACAAGCCGUGAGAUGAAUUUUGUAAAGUAAAUCCGUGAAACAGUAUAGUCACGGCUAUUGUGCAUGGAUAAAAAAUUAAUACUGAGUGUAUAUUUAUAUUGGAUUUGGGUAAAAAAUAAAUAUUAUUUUGGUAAAUUUGUGCAAAAACAUUGAUCAUUUAUCAGAAAAAAUAAAUCUCGAUGUAUGAUUGAGACAAUGCAUCUAAUAAAUGAAAAAAGAAAGCAACAAUAUUGUCCGAAGGUCAAAGAACAGGAAGAUGAAAAAAAAAAACAUUCAAUUAUUUUAUAUUUAAAAUAGAAGAAGAGAGAAAUAAAAAUGUGCAUAGUAAGGAAAAAUGAAUCUCAAUGUAUAAUUGAGACAAUGCAAUGACCGCACACGUUAAAAAAAGGAAACAUUUAAUUAUUUUCUAUUUAAAAUAUAUGAAGAGAGAAAUAAAAAAAUAUGCAUAGUGAGGAAAAAAAUGAAUUUUAUAUUCAAAAUAUAAAAGAGAGAAAUGAAAAAAUAAAUAAAUUGAGACAAUGCAUCUGGAAUUAGCACGCGUGCCUGCCGGCCGUCAACAGAUCAUGUUUCGAUGUUCGUUCUCCAUGUAAAUUGUUUGUCUUUUAUUAGACAUAUAUAUAUAUAUAUAAAGCAUAAAAGAAUUAUAUAUUGAAUCGGAAAGAAAUAUGGAUAUCUCUACUUUUCUAAUUAUCUUGCAUUUUUUGUCUUUUUAUAUAAUUUACCGGGAUGAUUUAUGUCACUUUGUUCGGGAUUGUUAUUCAAGUAAGAAGCUGCUUUAUUUUUUUAUUUUGUGUGAAUUAAAAGUGCUAAUCAAAAAUGGAUAUGGACUCGUUGGAAACUCUGUUGGCUCCUCAUCGAGACGCUCUUCGCAGAUUAUGUGAAACGGAAAUGAAUUGGCGAUAUGCACAACGCAUGAAUCGUCCUAUUCCACCGGUAUUGCGCCGCCGAAAUUUAGUAUUGAUAAAAUAUCAUAUUGAAGCUAUUCUCAGAGGUUUAAUAGCUAGCACUAUGUUUUCAAGACUAAGCGGUUUUCAAAUGUAUGAUGAUGAUGAUUUAGAUGCAAGACCACGAUUUAGAGUUUACAAUAUUCCUGCUAACGAGGCAAAUGAUAAUAGUACAGUAUUGGAAGAUGAGUCUGACUUGGCUAUGGAUGAGUUGGACCAUCUCAUAAUAUUCCCAUCACUUGGAGCAAAAUAUUCAUUGAUACCAGAUGAUCGAUAUGGUACAACUAUAACUGUUGAACUUUGCAGUGUUACGUAUGAGUCAGAUCAAGAGAUGGAUGUAAAUCAAGACUCUGAUACUGAAACUAACGAAGUUUCAAGUACACAAAAUAAUGAUGUUGCCAUAGAAGAAUAAUAUAUAAAAAGGAAAAAAUAUAAUAACGAAUUCCUAUUUUUUUAAAUGCUG